AUAUAUAUGAAGUGCUCGAGUGCUACGCAGAACUCGUACAGCUUGUGAGUGAGGCGGAAUGUUUUUUAAUGGCUUUCUGAUUUCGGCCCAGAAAAAAAUGCAGCAGCAUCGGGGAUCGGGCUCGCUCUACUGUGGCGUCACCGUCAUCGGUGUCCUGCUCCUGGUGGUGCUGCGUCUGCUGCCGGGCAGUCCGUUCGGGGUCUAUGCCAUGGGCGAGGAGUGGAACUAUCAUGAGCGAAAUGGCAUACACAUCAAGUGCAGCUUCUUUGACACAGUCAACCUGACUGGCUACCCCUCGUUUCCGAACGGCAGCUACAACUACGAGGGCGUGAUUAUACCCAGCCACUACGUGGGCACCUUCGACUACAUCUACAAGGACCUGGUCGAUCGCAUUGAUGUGACGCCGCAUGUGCGUGGCUGCAUCUGCAAACUGAAGCCCUGCAUCAACAUCUGCUGCCCCUGGGGCCAGAUCUACAACUACACUGAGUGCCAAAAAGACACGAACACGAAGCAAAAGUGGCCAGAGCCGCUGAUCAAUGUGACCCUCAACAACGGAUCGGUUCAGAGCGUGAAUAUCUACGAGCAGUUCGUGGUGCAGAGCUUCAGGCCCUGCACCGAGAUGUUCUCGCUGGUGCCGGAAGUCAACUCGUACGACACCUUCCAGCUCUACGAGAACGGCACGCUGUUCCGCGAGGAUGACCAGCACUACAUCUUCAAGAACGAGUUCUGUUUGGUGCCCACCAGUAUCAACGACACCGACCUCUACUACACGAUAAACCCGGCCAACUGCGACAUGUUCCAUGAGAAUACGACGGUGAAGAUCAUUAAUGGGUUCGCUAUGCUCUUCUCCAUUCCCUUCAUGCUGCUGACCAUAGCCGUUUACCUCUUGAUUCCCGAGCUUCGUAAUCAGCACGGAAAGUCUUUGGUCUGCUAUCUGGUAGGCCUGACCGUCGGCUACUCGCUGCUGUGUUGCCUCCUGCUCGUGGAGGGCAUAGAUCCGCUGAGCUUGUCCUGCAAGAUGUUUGGCUACACAACCUACUUCUUCUUCAUGUCCGCCUUCUUCUGGCUGAACGUGAUCAGCUUCGACCUGUGGCACAAUUUCCGUGGCACGCGCGGGAUCAACCGGUUCCAGGAGAAGAAGCGCUUUCUGCUCUACUCGCUCUACUCGUGGGGCCUGGCGCUGAUGUUUCUGAUCUUCACGAUUCUGGCGCAGGAGUAUACCGAGUGGCCCGAUUACCUGAAGCCGGGCAUUGGUGGAGGGCAGUUCUGUUGGCUGGACAUGACCAACUGGUCAGCGAUGUUCUACUUCUUUGGGCCCAUCAUGGCCAUCAUCGUGGCCAAUACGGUGAUGUUUGUGAUGACGGCCAUCAAGAUUCAUAGCGUGCAGCGCGAGAUGGCGAGGAUCAUAGCCCGCGAGGAUAGCACCAGGAAUCUGCGCACCGAGAAGGAUAAAUUCGGCUUGUUUCUGCGCCUGUUUCUGAUCAUGGGCGUUACCUGGUCAUCGGAAAUCAUAUCCUACUUUGUGGGCGCCGACAAGAAGUGGUCGAAGAUCUUUUACGUCUCCGAUUUGUGCAAUGCCAUGCAGGGCUUUCUCAUCUUCAUGCUGUUUGUGCUGAAGAAGAAGGUCAAGCAUUUGAUAACAAACAGAUGCUCGAGUUCGCGCGAUGGCAGCCACCAGAGGCAGAGUCAAUACUCCACCAAAACCACCUCCAGCAGCGUUGCAAAUCUUACUUUGCAGGAGAAGAGCUCCGCGGAGAAGCCGCUAUUUUCCAUUGAUAAACAGCAACAGCAACAGCAAAAACAACAACAACAACAGCAGCAGUCACAUCGCACCACCAGCUUCCAUUAAGGCCCACUGUGCACACAGUGGUUAAUGCAUUGCAGCCGGUCUAGUCCUUGAUGACGUCAUCGCGUCGACGUCGUGCUAAGCAUCGAAUAGCUGGGCUGUCCCAGCAGCCAUAUAUCUAUAUCUAUUAUAUUCUAGACUUAUAAAAGACACUAUUUCCAUAUGUAUAUAUAUAAAGCUGUAUAUUUAUAUGUAUAUUCAUAUCUGUGUACAUCUGAAUGAGCUUACUAUAUACGUAUAUAUAUAUAUA